UGUCACGUCACCGCCUACUCCCCUCGCCGUACCCGUCUAUCGUCCGCGUCGUGAAAAACAUUUCGUUGUCAACGCAUCACGUUCUCUGUGACCUGAUUGUGUCGCUGUUGAUCGUUGAAUACAUUUCGUUCGUUCUAUGAUCGAUCGUGUCACGAACUAAUCCGUCCGCCGUCCAUUAAGCCAUCUCUCUCAGCCGCACGUCGUCCCUGUGAAUGCGCCGCAGACAUUAUCGCUUUGCGCAACAGAUUGUCUGCCGCCACCGCCGCCGUAUUCGCUUGCGCAACAGUUUGUCUGCCGCUACCGCCAUUUUUGCUUUACGCAACAGUUUGUCCGCCGUCGCCGCCGCCGUAUUCGCUUUGCGCAACAGUUUGUCUACAGCUGCCAUGUUGUAUCUACAGGACUUUUUAGAUCAGCUUGAAGAAUUACCGCCAGAAGUACAUAACAACCUCAACGAAAUCGGUACCCUGGACGCUAUAGCUCAAGAUUCUUUGAACCAUGUAAAAGAUAAUAUUGAAAAAUUGUUUUCAAAUGCUGAUCAACUAAAUGAAAAUGAAUUAGAAACUAAGUUUCAGCUUCUUUUAAAAGAAGGUGAUAAUACAGUUAAAAUAUCUGAUAAUAAAAUUCAGAAAGCUUGCGAUAUGACAAAUCUUUUGAAUAAAUAUAUAAAAAAAUUGGAUGAUGAUUUGAAUAAAUGUAAAGAAGAAUUGAAUUCCAAUAAUGAUGGUAUCGCUGAACUUAUCGAAAAAGAAGUUUUAGAUUCAGAAAGAAGCAUGAAUACUAAUAAAACUAAAAAUAAGCAGCAACCUAAAAAACAUCUCAUUAAAGUUAGUAUGGAUUUGAAUGAUUAUGAUAUUGAACAGCUAUUAUCUGUUAACUGGGAUUUAAGUGAAGAUGAUUUAGAUAAUAAUGAUUUGGAAAAUGGUUUAGGAAGUGAUGAUGAAAUUGUAUAUGAUAUAAAUAUUGAUGAACACUUAGAAGACCAGCGAAAAACAUCUAGAAACAUAAAAUGCAGAGAAAACACUGAAGUAACUUCAAAUAAUGAUGAUGAAACAGCAAAUGACAAUUAUGAUUCUUCAUCUGUAGAAUACAACGUAUCUAUUAAUGGUUUGGAACAGUUUUUCAAAAAUCAAAUGGAAUUUUCAAACGUAUCUUCUACUGAACCAACUGUUUUGAGUCAAAGUAGUUCCAUUUUGCCUGAAAAAAUGACUCCAAAAAGUAAUAUUUCAUCUUCAGUGGCCUCUAAAAAGAAUAAAACAUUAAUAAAAUCUUCUAGAACGAAACUAAAAAAAGAAAGACAAAAAAAACCUAUUAAUUCCAAAUCUGAAAAAAUUACCAACAAUUAUAUAAAUGAAGAAAUGGAGACUUAUUCUUUACGUAAUAAAGUUGAACAAAUUGCAUCAUCUUCAUCAUCCUAUAUUGAACCAAGUGAUACAGUUGAUGAAGCUGCAGAAUCUGAUGACACUUCUCCAGUGACACCUAAAAAUAAACAAAUCACAAAAAAAAUAAGAAACAGAAAGAAUUCUAAAAUCAAAAUAAAGCGAUAUUGUACAUGUCAUGAAGUUGCUUAUGGUUUAAUGGUUGCUUGUGAUAAUAAAACUUGUCCAUAUAAAUGGUUUCAUUUCGAGUGUGUUGGAAUUACACAACGACCGAUUGAUGAUUGGUAUUGUAAUCCGUGCAUUAAAAAAAUGAAGAAAUGAAAAAAAAAAUGAUUGCCCUGAAGAAUAUCCUUAUAUAUUAUUUUAUAUUCUUCUGUGCAGUAGAAACUCGAUUAUCUGAACGUCAUUGCGUAAAAUAUUACGACGCACACGCCCAGUCACGUAAAUAACAUAAUUUGUAAUUUGUAAUAAUUAGGGCCCGGAUUUAUAUGCAAAAAUUAUUGUUAAAUAUGCA